GAGAUAACUUCUAUUCCAAACGGAUCAGAUUAUUUUAAGCCGCGGUCACUACCAUAAGAAAGCUACUGAAUGCUUACGCGCUCUCGACGGCUCGACGAACUUUUACGUGCUCUGAGCACAGACCAUCGUUUAGAUCCUCUUGAAUCUGCACGAGAAUGUCGCGUCGCGUAAGGUAAAGCCUACCAUCCCAGCUGACGGUCGCAUCCCGAAUUCAGAGUUGUGACUGAAGGACUAACAUGGCGGAUUCGUCGACAACACCCGCGGACACGCCUGUGCCUACUGUCAAUGGUGGAGGUUUGGACGUUGAAAUGAAGGAUGAAGCUGGGCAGGAGCCGCAUCCCUCAACAAUACCUUCAGCUCCGGUAAAUCAGACAACAAGUCGACCACACACUCCGGCGGCUCGAGGCUCGCCACAUCCAGCCCCACCUGUCACAGUACCCCCCAGCCAACCCAACCCUCAUGGCAGCCCCGUGCGAGUUUACUUAAAUCAAAAAGUAACUCCGUACCUUCUCGAGGGCAUGAAGCAGCUUGCAAUAGAAGAGCCCGAGAAACCUCUGAAAUGGCUUGCUGAAUAUCUCGAACGAAAGAGCAGAGAAGUAGAAGGUUGAGAGGAGGAAGUAUAUGCUCUCAGUUCAAAGCUAAAGCACAAAGACUGCACGCCACCUGACCGAUUGUGAUAUCAGGCGUACGGGACUAUGCUGUGCCGAAUUUAAAGGCCGAGCAGUCCAAUGUGCCCUGAAACCCAGGGCGAAAUACGGACGCUAUUAGUUGGAAGAAGCGGGCCUAGAGUCUAAGAGGCAUGCUAGGAGAGUUUGACAGGCCACAUGAUGGAAUACUACAAGCUCAUUGCUGUAGAACAGACCGGCAUGAAUCGUUCAAAACGAUGUUGACUUUGCAGACUGCAAAUAUAGCCCUCAUUGAUUCAUACUUGGUGCAAUCUAUUCAUUGUUCAG